GCCGAGAGUUGACAGGAGGAGCAUACGGACAAGCGAUUGGUGCUAAGGUAUCUUCAUAGGGUAAUAGAAUACCUGCCAACAUGGGGAAGGAUUACUACAAAAUCCUUGGAAUCCCCAAAGGAGCGACGGAGGAAGAGAUUAAGAAGGCGUACAGAAAGCAAGCUCUUAAAUAUCACCCAGAUAAGAACAAGGACCCGGGAGCUGAGGAUCGAUUCAAAGAGAUUGCGGAGGCCUACGAUGUGCUCAGUGACCCUAAGAAGAGGGAAGUGUUUGAUAAAUAUGGAGAAGAGGGCCUGAAGGGAACUCCUGGUGGUGGAGGAAGCAGCGGCGGCCCCAAUGGUACCUAUAGCUACACUUUCCACGGUGACCCUCAUGCUGUCUUUGCCGAAUUCUUCGGUGGUCGAAAUCCAUUUGACGGCUUUUUUGGACGCAAUGAUGACGACAUGGAUACAGACGAUCCCUUUGCUGGCUUCGGUGGCAUGGGGGGCUUCGGUGGCAUGGGGGGAAUGGGAGGAAUGGGGGGCAUGGGUGGCAUGGGAGGCUUUCCUCGGUCUGCAUCGGGUCGACGGGACACUGUACCCAGAAAGCAGGAUCCUCCAAUCACACGUGAACUCCCAGUAUCUCUUGAGGAAGUGUUUAAUGGUUGCACCAAAAAAAUGAAAAUCUCGCACAAGAGGCUGGGGCCCGAUGGCAGAAGUGUGCGUAAUGAGGACAAGAUACUCACCAUUCAGGUGAAAAAAGGCUGGAAAGAAGGCACCAAGAUCACCUUCCCUAAAGAGGGUGACGAGACCCCCAGCAACAUUCCUGCUGAUAUUGUCUUUGUGCUAAAAGACAAGUCUCAUCCAGUGUUCAAAAGAGAAGGAUCCGAUGUGGUUUAUACAUCCAAAAUCAGCCUGCGAGAGGCUCUAUGUGGCUGUUCAGUAAACAUCCCAACCGUGGAUAACCGCACAAUCCCGCUUACAUUUACUGACAUCAUCCGUCCAGGAACCAAGAGGCGAAUAACGAAUGAAGGACUUCCCCUUCCUAAAUCUCCCGAUCAGCGCGGCGACUUAAUUGUAGAGUUCGACAUUCGGUUUCCAGAGAGGCUGACGGCCAGCUCCCGCGAAGUGUUGGAAAGGGUUCUUCCUGCAUAAGGACCAAGCCUUCCCUAAGGCACCGUGACCAAAGCAGAACUGGUUCAUUUAACUGUUUCAGCUCCAGGGGGCCUGGGAAUGGGGAAAAAUGAUGGUUAGGGGUGCCACAUCCUAAUUUUGAUCACAUCUUCAUUUAUUCCCUGAUUAUAUUUCUAUUCCAUGAAUCUAAUUCAGCACUUUGUAAUAUUAAUGGACGAUUAAUGGGAAGCGUUUUGGCAGUGGCAGUGCUGGUAGUUUGAGUUAAGCCACAAUUGAAAUACUUUUUGGGUCCAGGAAUUUAUUCAGUAUACUGUCACUCCGAAAACCCCUAAUUUCUGGUGCUGUUGAGUUGGGCGACUGUAGUUGUCUUUUGUCUAGUGGCGAGAUAUUGUGCCUCCGUGCUGAAUGCCAUUAAACUGGAAGCAGCCACUGCAUCAAGUGUCAAUGACAGAUCGAAUACUGGUACUUAUGUGGGAACCACCCUCUGUUGCCUCUUUCUGCCUGUUAAAUGGGCAGCUUAGGGGCAAGUCGGGCAGCUUUUUUUAUUGCUGUCUGCACUCACUAAAGCUGCCCAUACAUGCCAGGAUUUAGUCGGGCAGUUAGGACGAUUUGACCACCUUUAGACUAUUGAGAAGUCCAUUUAUUUUGUUACUCUUUCUGGAAAUUCAAGUUGAGGGAUAAAAACUGGAUCAUAUUUCAGACACAAAAUACCUUGUACAAGGAUUUCAUUGCUGCGAUUUUUUCACUUUCAUAUAUUCCACUCCAUUGUGCUGCAUUGCUGCAGUGCCAGAGGGCCCCCUUUAUAGAAAAUCCUGAUAGAGAAGGGCUUUCUGCGUGUUGCCAUGCAAGAUUGUUAUAUUUGCGUAAUGUGUUGGGUUGGUUUUUUUUAAGUGUGUGCAACAUGAUUUUAUUCCACUUUCAGCGUCAGGAAUUGCUCUGUAUGUAUGGCUAUGUUGUUUUAUACGGAUACAAUAAAUAUACAUACAGAUAUAAUGGGAACUGACUCGCCUCUCAAAAACGGAAAAUUGUAUUUUCUAUUUUGUUGUUGCAAAAAGAAUAACUGGAGGCAUGUAUGUUACUGGAAUGUUUAUUUUUUAAUAAUGCAUUGCAUUAAUAACCACAAUGUAGGGUUUUUAUAACGAUGCUGGAGUCCCACUCUCCCCUCCCACAAUGGAAUUUUUGGGUGGAGCUUAGGAUAUCGGUUGCAUGGCCUAUAUAUUGCUGGUUGCAGCCUUGCUCUUAUGGAAGCCUGUCUCCAUUGUCGGGGUGGGUAUGGAACUGAUUCCGUGUAUUUAUAUGUUAUGCAUAUCUGUACUAUGUUUUGUAAAGUUUUUUUGUUUUUGUAUAUAAAUAGUUUUUCUGGAAGAUGCCAUUGUGGCAUUGAUAUAAAAAAAAAACCGAAUCCAGGUGAUAUUGGCUUAUAAAGCUGGUAAGCGACAAGUCGCUAAUAGGGGAUACAUUGACAAGCAAAGGGCAAGUGAUACUCGGCAGUUAUACUAAGGUUCUAAGGCAGGGUUCCCCAACCUUUUUCACCCGUGAGCCACAUUCAAAUGUAAAAAGACUUGGGGAGCAACACGAGCAUAAAACAUGUUCCUGGGGUGCCAAAUAAUGACUGUAAUUGGCUAUUUGGUAGCCCCUAUAUGGACUGGCAACCUACAGGAGACUCUGGCAGUACAUCAGGUUUUUAUGCAACCAAAACUUGCCUCCAAGCCAAGAAUUUUAAAAUAAGCACCUGCUUUAAGGCCACAGGGAGCAACACCCAAGGGGUUGGAGAGCAAUAUGUUGCCCCUGAGCCACUGGUUGGGGAUCACUGUUCUAACUAAGGGUAUAACUGUGACACAUCUCUAAACCCAGGUAAUUGCUUCUAAUGUUCCUGGUCGUAAAUAAAACACUAUUUUGAUUCA